UAUUCGCUGUGAAAACACUUUUUCGGUUCUUUUGCCACGAUUGCUCGAUAUUUUCCCUUGGCUUUUCAAUUUUCCCUUAUCACAUUAUUAGCUACGCGUAUCAACGUGAAAAUUCUUUAAACAAACCCAUAUUCAAUCAAAAUGGCAGCGGAAAAACAUAAUUUCUGGUAUUUAUGUCUAAUUGCCGCCACAUUUGCCAUGGUGUUUUCCCUAGUGAGCCAUGAUGCGGAAGCAUAUCAGAUGGUGAUACCUGCAGGUGAAGAUGGAAAUUGCACAUAUCGUGGUGAUAAGCUGGAACCGGGUCAGCAGCCGGGACCGGUACCAUGUCAGCGUUUAACUUGCAAUGACGAUGGCACUGUUCUAGUGGAGGGCUGUGGCAAACUUCGCAUAGAAAACUGUAAUCACGGUGAACGCGUCAAUCCCGAGAAACCCUUUCCUGAAUGCUGCAAGCUGGUGUACAAAUGCAAAAAUAGCGAUGGCUCUUCAUAUUACAUAGAGCGGAAUGCCCAAGAGAGUAGUGCAGCGAAAAGUGAAAAUUCUACAUAGUCCCUUAGUCUGUAGAAGCCACUUAAGCUUUUAAUUUUCUAUCGUUACAAAAAUACUUUCAAUGAAAAAUUUUCCUUUAGUGUUGUAGUUCGUAAGAGAAUGCAUAUGCAGUUAUACUCGUAUAUGAAACUGAAGAAAAAAAUUACAUAUUUAUUAUAAAAUUAUGUAAAGUUUGAAAAUAAACAUCCUUGUGUACUUA